CGCAUUCCCCGACUCCCUGCAGUGGUGAAGAACUACUUCCAGCUGCGGGAAUUCUCCUUCACGCUGCGGGAUGAUGUGUACCUGCGGUUCCAGUCCUUCGGCAGCCCCCAGGAGCUGGAGCGGGAGCUGCAGAAGAUCAACCCCUACAAGAUCGACAUCGGGGCCGUCUAUUCCCACCGGCCCAACCAGCACAACACGGUGCACCUGGGAGCCUUCCAGCCGCAGGAGAAGGAGCUGGUCUUUGACAUCGACAUGACGGAUUACGAUGACGUCCGGACGUGCUGCAGCUCGGCCGAUAUCUGCUCCAAGUGCUGGACGCUGAUGACCAUCGCCGUCCGCAUCAUUGACCGCGCGCUCGUGGAGGACCUGGGCGUGCGGCACCGCCUGUGGGUGUACUCGGGCCGGAGGGGUGUGCACUGCUGGGUGUGCGACGAUGCGGUGAGGAAAUGGUCCCCGGCACUGCGGGCGGCUGCUGUGGAGUACCUGAGCCUGGUGAAGGUGGGUGCAAGGUGGGCCAGGAGCCCCCUGCCCACCCCUGACCCUGUGGAAAAGUGGGUUUACGGAGCUUUGGGCACUCCUGAGCCUGGAGUAGGUGGGUUUGUGGGGGUCUGGGCACCUCCUGAGCCUGGAGGAGGUGGGUUUAGGGGGCCAAGCACGCCCUCACCCUGAUGAAAGUGAUUUUGUGGGGGUCUGGGCACCCUGUGGCACUGCUGAGGGUGGGAUUAUGGUGGUCUGGGCACUCCUGACCCUAGAGUAGGUGGGUUUAGGGGGCUUUGGGCACCCCCCACACCCUGAUAAAGGUGGGUUUAUGGGAAUUUGGGCACUCCUGACCCUGGAGUAGGUGGGUUUGUGGGGGUCUGGGCACCUCCUGACCCUGGAGGAGGUGGGUUUAGGGGGCCAAGCACGCCCUCACCCUGA